CAGCAGCCAGAGGACACAGCGUACUGCAAUGGAAAAGGAAAACAAAAGCUCAGGCACGGAUAAUGGGCGAAAACCGGCUGGAAACAACUUGCAAUCGCUACCCACCCGCCAGUAUUUGGACCAAACGGUGAAUCCCAUCCUGCUGCAGGGUCUGAAAGUGUUGGCCAAAGAAAGACCCCAGGAUCCGGUGCAAUAUUUGGCCAACUUUUUGCUGCAGAACAAGAACCGCGUCGAGGAAAGCAACGGAGCCAGUACGGAAGAUACACAAUAAAUAGCAUGCGAUAAGUAAUGGA